AUGUUAAAGCUUUUAUCUGCUUAACAACUAACUAAAAUACAGCGAUUUCGAUCCCUGCUACUUAUAUUAUAAAUAAUUAAUUACUUUUUAACUAAAAUAACAAAAAACAAAAAAAAAGAAAAAUCAAAAACAAACAAACAAACAAAAAACUAGAAUCUUUUUAUUUGUUUUUAAUAUUUAGAAAGUAAGCAAUAAGAUCAAUAAAGUAGAAAAAACUACAAACUAAGUUAACUAAAAGAAUUUUAAGCUCUUUCCAUAGUAUAUCAUAAACAUUAAGUAGAAAUGGAGGCCUGGAUUAUUAAAUUAAUAGCUAUGAUAACCAUGUUUUCACUAAUCAUGAUUACAGGAAAUAUACCCCUAAGAUCAAAAAGCUUUAAAUCAAACCCUAAAGUCCUUGCUCUUUCUUCUGCUUUUGCAGGAGGUCUUUUCUUGGCUGUAGGUAUUUUGCAUCUUUUACCUGAAGCAAGCGAACACUUUGAUGAUUACUAUAAAGAUUAAGAUAAGCCUGCUGAUGGAGAAGGCGACAGUGGAGAUAGUGAUGAAGAGCAUUUCCCAUGGAGCUAUUUCAUUACAGUUUGCAGUUUUGCUUUGAUCCUUUUCAUCGAAAAGAUUGCUACUGACCAUACACACAGCCAUGAUGAUCAUAGUCACUCUAUGCUUAAAUAAUCCAUUCUUAAGCGUUAAUCUCACCUUGUUGAAAACGUUAAUAUUGAUUCUCACUUAGAACACGAAGGAGAAGAUGAAGACGAUGAAGAAUUCGAAGAAAAUAUAAUUAGAGAAGGUCUUAAUAAGAAAAAGCAAUUUGCUUCAAAGCUAAGUAUGAUUUAAAAAGAUGGUAAAACCAAUCUUGCUCCAUAUAUUUUGCAAGUUGCUAUUGGUAUUCAUGCUGUUUUUGAAGGUCUUGCAAUUGGUAUUGAAUAGGAAACAGUUAAGUGUCUUUCUAUCACUAUAGCAGUUGUUUGCCAUAAAUGGGCUGAAGGUUUAACUCUUGGUCUUGCUUUUAAAAAGGCCAACGUUGAUCUUAAAAUGAGUACUAUCAUGAUUGCAAUAUAAGCUAUUAUGAAUCCUAUUGGUAUAGGUAUUGGCUGGGCUUUAUCUGACCAAGGUAACCUUAUUACAGGUAUUUUUAUGAGCAUUAGUGCAGGUACAUUCGUAUAUAUCGCCACCUUAGAAGUACUAGUAGAAGAAUUCAAUGUUAAAAGAUACAAAAUUGUUAAAUACAUCUUCUUCCUUAUUGCUAUUGGUUUCGUUUCCUCCUUAUGGUUUAUUGAGCAAGCCACUGGUGGUUGA